UCCUCGGCGCUGAGCGCGGCGGCGGCCCGGGCAGCCCCACGCUCCUGCCUCGCGCGCCGCCCGCGCCAUGAAGCACAUCCCGGUCCUCGAGGACGGGCCAUGGAAGACCGUGUGCGUGAAGGAGCUGAACGGCCUCAAGAAGCUCAAGCGGAAAGGCAAGGAGCCGGCGCGGCGCGCGAACGGCUAUAAAACUUUCCGAUUGGACUUGGAAGCGCCCGAGCCCCGCGCAGUCGCCACCAACGGGCUGCGGGACAGGACCCAUCGGCUGCAGCCGGUCCCGGUCCCGGUGCCGGUGCCAGCCCCAGUGGCCCCGGCCGUUCCCCCAAGAGGGGGCGCGGACACUGCCCGGGAGCGCGGGGGCUCCCGGGUGCCCGAGGUCUCCGACGCGCGGAAACGCGGCUUCGCCCUGGGCGCAGUGGGGCCAGGACUCCCCACGCCGCCGCCGCCGCCGCCGCCACCGCCGCCGCCGCCGCCGCCGCCUCCUGCGCCCCAGAGCCAGGCUCCUGGGGGCCCAGAGGCACAGCCUUUCCGGGAGCCGGGUCUGCGUCCUCGCAUCUUGCUGUGCGCACCGCCCGCGCGCCCCGCGCCGUCAGCGCCCCCAGCGCCGCAAGCGCCCCCGGAGUCCACUGUGCGCCCAGCGCCCCCAACGCGCCCGGGGGAAAGUUCCUACUCGUCAAUUUCACACGUAAUUUACAAUAACCACCCGGAUUCCUCCGCGUCGCCUAGGAAACGACCUGGAGAAGCGACUGCCGCCUCCUCCGAGAUCAAAGCCCUGCAGCAGACCCGGAGGCUCCUGGCUAACGCCAGGGAGCGGACGAGGGUGCACACCAUCAGCGCAGCCUUCGAGGCGCUCAGGAAGCAGGUGCCGUGCUACUCGUAUGGGCAGAAGCUGUCCAAACUGGCCAUCCUGAGGAUCGCCUGUAACUACAUCCUGUCCCUGGCGCGGCUGGCUGACCUCGACUACAGUGCCGACCACAGCAACCUCAGCUUCUCCGAGUGUGUGCAGCGCUGCACCCGCACCCUGCAGGCCGAGGGACGUGCCAAGAAGCGCAAGGACUUUUCGGAGCCUUUGAUAUCGUAAUACAUGCAGCGACUUUCCAAGUUGGGGUCAAGGUAUGUGGUAUUUCCCAAAUUCAUGGAAUGCCUCACCGAGCUCAUGUUUCACAGAACACCUUUUGGGCAAUGCCAAUCUGCCUCCUUUCCCCUCACUGUACAAGUGAGGGAAUGAAAGCACAGAGUGGGAGAGUGAGCUACCCAAGGUCACACAGCUGCUGAAUUGCAGAGGAAGUCCUGGCACCUGAGGCCUCCCAGUGUUCUUCCCAUUACAUCCCAGUUGUCAUAAGACUUCCUUGGAUAGAUGAUGUACGUGCUGAGAUUCCUGGGCUGAGGUGGUGGUGGUCCAGUGUAGACACCAGGAAAAGGGUGGGGUCAAGAAUUGAAGAUCAGGCCUUGGCCAGAGAAACCCCUGUCUCCUUUAAUCCUGGAUGGUAGCUGUGGCUUCAGCAGGGACUAAGAGCCAACAGAGGGCUUGGGGCUGGCCCCAGGCUGCCCCGACCGCCUUUACAGCAUGGCCAGGAGGACGGCUCCAGCUAACCCAGCCUCCCCUUCUUCCUCAGCCCACGGGUAGGCUGAACAAGAGAGAAACUUUUUCUGCCCAUGGCAGGGCCCGCCCAGGCAGCCAGCGCCGGGAUGACGCGGGCUAUAAAUCACCCCGUGGACCACAGACCCAGUGCCAUCCCCACGGGUUUCCUUUCCGCUUCUUAAUCCUCCUCCUCAGACUCGGUAACACAAAGCAGAUUCCUGCUGGGGCCAGCCAUGCGCAGUGGGCUUGGAGAAUGUGAGCCUGGGAUUUACCACAUCAAGAUGCUCCCGCCUCUCACUUUUCCUUUUCUCCCUCCUGAGCCGCUAUUAGCUGGAGAGCACUCCCUCCCUCUGGCCCGGCUCCCUCACCCUCCUUGGACCCCACUUCAGCCUUGCCCCAGCCUUGCAUCUUGGCUGGCCGCCCCGGCCCACGGGGCUCACCAGGGCCUGUGGUUAGCAGGCCCUCCAACGUCGUGGUUUGGCUCCAUCCCGGCUCCCCAAGCCUCUGUCUCAGUGAGAGCAGCCUCUGUGUGGUAGAAUGAACACUGUCGAUCUGGAUUCAAAUCCUGGCCCUGGCAACUUCCAGCACUUCCUUCUCGGAGCCUGGGAUUGCUCCCUCAUGAGAGGGGGAAUGAGAGUGCUCCCUGGCAGGUCGGAGGCGCCUGACAGAUGUUUUACUUUAAAAAUAACUACUUAUUAAUAGCUGUUGGUUGAGGGUUGGAGCACGAAUCAAAAGGGUGUUUGGAGUUGCUUUAAGAGGGAUGUGUUGUACCAGGUUCAGGGACUUUGUUAUUUUUCAUCCUGGUUGGAUCUGGAGGUCUCACAGAGCCUCCCCACCAGCUCUGACCUCCCCAGAGAGCUGAAACCCCACAGCCCCCAUGACCUUGCCCCCUGUCCCAUUGCUUCCUGGUAGCCAGUUACAACCUCUGCUCAGCGCCAAGUUCAGCUGCCAGAAUGAGGAUUGCACAGAUCAGGGCUGCAGGGAACUUAAAGGUGGUCUAACCCAGCAAUUUUCAAACCGUGCUCCUUAGCACCCUGAUUCUCAGACAUGUCCCAGGCUCUCUGUUGGAAGGAAUGCAGUAGGUCUCUGGGUCCCCCUCCCUCUGUGUCCCCUGACUCCACUGCACCAAAUAGACAGAACCAUGUUUUCUGUAUUAGCUAACACGUACUUCCUUCUCCUGCUUAAAAGGAGCUUUCAUCGAUCUGCUCCAGCCAUGCCAUUUCACAGAUGAGGACACUGAGGCCUAGAGAAGUCAAGUGAUUUGUUUGAGGUCACCCAGCUGGCAGGUGAAUGUGCUACAAUUAGAAUGGGCCUUGUGACUCCUAGGACAGCGCAAGGAAGCUGCAGACGGCCAUUCCAGUGGGGCUGAGCCUGCAGAGGAGCCUGCCACCCCAGGUGGGGACAGGCCUCUGAGAUCCCUCAAAGGGGUGGCCCUGGAGAUUGUGGUGUCAGCCCCAGGUGUCCCUGAGCUUCCAGCGGCCCUGGCUCCCACUACCCACUGUGGUCCUCUUCUUUCCCCAAACCAACCAAAACGCAAGGCCUCUGAAAUGUAGCACUAAGGAGGAGGGGGGCAGUGUGGGCUCUGGAGGCAGCCAGGCCUGGGUUUGAAUCCUGGCUCUUCCACUUAUCGAACCCUUCAAGAUGGAGGCCCGUGUCUGGAGGACUCAGUGAGGGGACAUUCUGCAGGUGUCCGGAAACAGGAACCAGGUGGAGUAGGGGCAGCUUCUAAUGGCUGGUCA